UCUCUCUCUCUCUCUCUCUCUCUCUCUCUCUCUCUUUCUCUCUGCUUCUGUACAGUUCCAUGAAUACGGCAGUGCUUUAGUGUCCACGAAUUUGUAAUCUAAAUUAGCUUUUGUCCAGCAUGUAUUUAUACAUUUCUAGCAGAUGUUACUCACAGGCGUACGGUUUUGCUUGCGUGAUCUUACCUUCUUGUUUCCUUUGUACGUUUAGCAUACCAUAAGGAUUGACUCAUUUUUCAAAGCCAGUGCUGUCUUAAACUGCAUUAUUUUAUCUUUUUGUAUUCAUUAAUUACAUAAGGUCUGCUUUCAUAACAUUCCUCUUCUCUUUGUGGACUACCUAUUGCAUUAUCCUCCACUCCAACAUCUUUUUCCUUCCAUUCUUUACUUGGGCAUCUGCAUGGAUGACGAAAGUAAACGAAAGUUAUUGGUAAAUACAACUUCUCCGAUGUACUAUUGGAUCAAAGCAUGAGUUCAACUCAAAGUCAGAAAGAGCUAAACUAUCUGAAUAAAAUCUUUAGAUGUUCAUCCUGAAAGACAGAAUUAAUAAAAUAGUAAACUACUGAAUGCUUCUUUGCUAAAAAUUCAUACAUUAGCAGAUCAUACGAAAGUAUCUUGGAUGUUUGUAUAACAUUAUUUUGUUUUGUGUUUUCUUUUGUGUCCACAGAGGAUGACUCUUUAUACACCUGGGGAAACGGAGGUUGUGGCCAACUAGGCAAUGGAGACCUAUCUAGUCACCCCCAGCCUGUACAAAUCUACCUGGAGCCUCCCCCUCCAGAAGGAGUCACCAUCUCCAAAGUGGCGUGUGGAAGUCGGCACACCAUGGUGGUGCUCAGUAAUGGCCACGUCCAUGCAUUUGGAAAUAAUUUUUACGCCCAGUUUGGAUACGACUUCAGAGAGGAGACGUACAAGGAAAACCAGACAUCUCCCUGUCUCCUUCAGUACAUGGUGCAUUGGCCAGUGCGUCAAGUAGCCUGUGGGGACAAACAUUCUGUAUUUCUCUACACCAGUGGUGCUGCAGCGGUGGUGGGGAACAACAGUCAUGGUCAGAUCGGUGACGGAACCAGGGCUGAGUCCCAGGUCCCCAAAACUGUGGACAUUGAGGUCACUUUAAGUCAAGUGGCAAGCGGACCCAAUCACGUUUUAGCCCUUUCUGAUGGAGGUGACGUGUAUUGUUGGGGCUACAGCAAAGGUUGCGGCCACAGACGGUGUGAUGUUUUGAGUCCAGAACUGAAGCUCACUUCGCGUGGGGUGCUACAGCUGGCUGCCGGGGGCACACAUAGCAUGGCCUUGACAGCUACUGGUUUGAUCUACGCCUGGGGCUUUGGCGUUGACGGUGAGCUGGGCCUGGGUGACCGGAGAGUUGCCGUGGCUCAACCCAGGCUCAUACGUCACGAGGCCCUCAGAGGUCAGGUGUCCUACAUCGCUGCCGGAGAGGCCUACUCUGCUGCCAUCACUGAGGCCGGAAAGUUGUAUACCUGGGGAAAGAGCAGUCACGUGAUAGAAGCCAAUGGUCGUAGCUCGGAGCCUCAUUUCCAGCCAGUCUGUCUCAACCCGGACUUAGGGCCAGUCCAUUCUGUGCACUGCGGCACCUGGCAUGCUCUCGCUUUGGCGGGACUUCCUGACCUCAGGCCACGCCUUCCAGAUGAGGCAGAAUUCUCGGACAGUUCUGACUCGGACCCUGUAAUGACCAGUGAGGGCAGCACACCUGGGUCCAGAGCGGGCAGUUUGAGCGGGAACGACAAGCGACCAGUUGUGACAGUCCAUGCAGAUGACACGUUUGGCCAUUCUGUUGCCAUGGAAACAAGCACCGCCCCUGCCGCCCACAUGACCACGCCUACCUCGCGGUCAGCGUCUUCUUCUCUACGACUAUCGACUCUCCCUGCACGGGGGACCACAAAGUUGACCUUAGGAGAAUUCUAUGCCAUGUCUGACAGUAGCCCAAGCCUGCAAGGCAGCCCGAGGACUCCCUCGCAAGCUAGUGAAGGCUCCAAGCAUACUCCAGAAAAAGAAAAACAAGUUAAAAAAGUAUCCCCAUCGGAUUCCCAGAGUGAGAAAGCACCAACCCCGGGAUCUACUCAUGAGGAACCCGUCAUAGAAAACACGAAAGAAAACGAUACGGUUGAAGAAACACUGAAAUCACCAGUUAAGAGACAGUCAUCGGCGUCGUCUUCGUCUACUACCAGGUCAGCUGUCAGUGAAAGUAGUCUAAAGAAAAGAAUGGCUGAGAAUUUUCAGUCCAACAAUAAUCUCAAAUUCGGAAACUCUCGAGGUCGUCGUCGUCUCACGCCUUCCAGAACUGUUGCGAGUAUCCCCAUCGUGGGCAGUCCGACUGGGGAACGUUCUCCGAAAUGUCUGACUCCCGCCUCCUCGGCCAAAUCUAGUAGAAACAACUCGGGUGUCGGGGAACGUUCACAUACAAUGUUUAUCAGUAAAAGCACUGCUGAGCACUUUAGCCUUCCUCGGGAACGCAGCUGUGUAAGCAAACAAAGUGUAGCUCUUGUGGAUUUCAAUCAGCUACGGGCAGGAUCUCUUUUCGACAGCGGAAAUGAAAAUGAGAAUGACGUCGUAUCGCCGUUGUUAGGUCUCAGCAACUUCAGUAGUCCUAGAAUGGAUGCCCUGACUCAAGCGACUGACCUGGAGGUACAGGACAUCUUGAGCCAGAGGACGCCGGACAAGCUCAGAAUAACGUUGACCCACGUGACGUCAUCGGACACGCCGUCUGCUAUGGCUCGUCAGCUCCGAAGUCACGAGAUGUUGGGCAGACCGGGGCAUUUAGAAGCCGCCAUGCACCCACCUUUUGCCACGCCCUCUCCCAGACUCGGACUCUUCACCAAGGGUACAGAUUAUGACGUCAUGGAAGAGACGAACCUGAAGUUCAUGCGUUCAAAGACCUCUAUGGGUCCUGUGGGCCGAGGUCCGAGCAGAUUCUACCGGAAACCUGGCCUGCCUGGUGCCACAGGACGCCCCCCGGCUCCCGUGAAACCCCCCAAGAGACAGAUGACCCAGGUUGGAGGCACCAUGGGGUCCACUGCCCCAGUGGGUCACGGCGUGGCUCCUCCUCAAGGUCGCGGUAAAUUUGCGCCAGCGCAGAAUUUGGCAUCAGCACAACCGUCCUUAGAAAUCAGUACUCAAGGAAGGACUCCCGAAGAACGGUUGGCUGGACAGAACCAUAUACGUGCUAAAGGAAAUCCAAAUCCUCAACACCAAACACACCCAAAUGCACCUCUCACAGAUCUAGGUCCUGGCUCAGCCAGACUGAGGGGCGUUCAGUCUCAACCAGAGCCUCGAAAUAGCCACAAAGGAACUAUGGAUGACGUCAUGAAGAGGCGAGCCGUCUACUCCAGCGCGUCGUCCUGGAGACAAAGAUCAGUCACCUCUUUAGGGAAUGACAUCAUCUUGAGUUCAACUUUAAAGCCAGUAGCGUCAACUAAAAAGGCGGGGAACAGCGUUGACCCCUCGAUGACCUCUUUCGUCAGCGGACCGUCCACAUUCCCAGCAAAAAGCAGAAGGGCUGGAAACAUGCACGGCGUUGUGCUAGCUAACGGUGUGUCCGGCAGCAAGUGUCCCGUGCCCCCAAAUAGGAAGCAGAAAAUGAACAUGAACUCAGAACUAUCAAGUAAAUAACACAACGUAAUGCCAUAGUACAUACUUCUUUUGUUUACAUGUGUUUUUGUCUGCGGUGCUACAAUAACGUAUUGAAUAAUAUUUUAUUUACAAUUACAUCUCCCCUGCCUCAGAAAAAUAGAGACACCAAAUACUUUGUACUGUCCUUUUGAAUAAAUAUAAAAUUAGGAGCCAAAAUUCUCCGGACGGGAUAUUCACUGUGUGUAACAGAAAGAUCUUCUUAAGAACGAAUUACAGAUGCUUUAUACUUAAGUCUCUACUUGCUGUAGACCAAAUUGUUAGUCUAUGAUUUCCACGUCUCUCUUUUUUAUCCUUAAUGUACUUCAUCCAUUUCUUCUUU